AUGGAGUCCGAGCUUUGGUAUGAUGAAACGAAUGCGGCACUGAUCAACGAGCUUCGUCGGGACGGCAGUCAGCUGUUUAGCCGAGCAAUCUCUGACGCUCCACAACAGCCUGUUUCUAAUAUGAAAGGCAGCACUCGAUGGCUUUCUUCAUUUGGUUACUCGUACAAUGACCGAGAAAGGUUUUUGCAGAGCUACCCGUCACACCCCAACAUUUGGAAACGCGAUGGGACAAAUGCACCUUUUGAAGGUCGUGCUAAACAUUUCUUCACAAUUACAAACCCAUUAAAUAUCUUACUGAGCAGCGAAACUCUAGAGAAAAGUCGAAAAAUCGUAUCUGAUUACAAGAAUGGUAUCUAUGACAAGGAUCUCACAGUAGAUGAACUUUGGCAUGCAAAGCACGUCUACGACUCAGCUUAUCAUCCGGACACCGGCGAAAAGAUGUUCAUUUUAGGAAGAAUGAGUGCUCAGGUUCCGUGCAACAUGACGAUCACUGGAGGAAUGCUCACAUUUUACCAAAAGACUGCACAUGUUGUGUUCUUUCAAUGGAUUAACCAGACAUUCAACGCAGUGGUUAACUACACAAACCGCAGUGGGCCUAAUCCGAUUUCGUCGGAACGUCUUUUUGCUUCAUAUGUCGCUGCUACAGGUGGAGCAAUGGCAGCAGCUCUUGGGGCUAACCGAGUGUUAGCAAAAAUGAAGAAUGUGCCAAGACUCGUCGGGGCGCUGGUUCCAUUCUUAGCCGUAGCUGCUGCAAACGCUAUAAAUAUCCCAAUGAUGAGAAGCAAUGAGUUUGUCGUUGGAAUCCCUGUCGAGGAUAAAAAUGGCGAAGUACUAGGAUCGUCACUCAACGUACCUUAUAGAGCCAUUCCACAAGUAACGAUCAGUCGAAUUAUCAUGGCCACUCCAGGAAUGGUGCUCGUUCCAAUAAUUUUCCAAAGAUGCAUGAAAAUGCGAUCGUAUAAGCCACUGGAUGGCAGACCAUACAAACACUUUGCCUUGGCUUUUUCUUGA